AUGUCCCCGUCCUCUGAUCAAACCUUGAUUAAAGUGAAAGAGGAAGCAGAAGUCCCAAAUACGUGGGAUGAUGAGCCGUGUAAGGAGGAGGACGUUCCUCCGGAGAUCGGCACAGAUGGACAAUACAGGAAGUACGGCACCAAACGACGACCUUUCAUGUGUCUUGAUGUCGAAGUAGAAAAUGAUGAGGUCACAUGUGAUCCUUCAGACGAAGACCUCAUCAACCCAAACCUUCAUCCAACAUCUGACAGUGCUGAUAAACUCUUGUCAUCUCUGCCUGAAGAACAUGUUAUAGAGGGAGCAACGUUUGCAGAACCCCAGAGAACUUACAAAGCCAAGAAGCCAUUUUCAUGCUUCGAAUGCGGGAAAUGUUUCACACGGAAGUCAUCUCUCAUCACACAUGAAAGGCUUCACACAGGGGAGAAGCCAUACUCAUGUUCUGAAUGUAGAAAGUGUUUCACCACCAGGUCGCACCUUAUUAACCAUGAAGUAACCCACACGACUGAGAAGCCAUUCUCCUGUUCCGAGUGUGGGAGGUGUUUUUCCCGCAAGGGGAUCCUCAUGUCCCACAAGAGGUCGCAUACAGGGGAAAAGCCAUAUUCAUGUCUGGAGUGUGGCAGAUAUUUUUCUUCUAAAGACCAGCUUAUCAGACACCAGACUCGUCAUACGGGCCAACGGCCUUUCACAUGUUCGGAAUGUGGGAAGUGUUUCAGACAAAAGUCGGAUUUUGCCAAACACAAGAGGUCCCACACAUCCGAGAAGCUCUUUUCCUGUUCGGAGUGUGGGAAAAGAUAUUUUUGGAAAAACCAACUUAUUAGACACCAGAGGGGCCACACGGGGGAAAAGCCAUUUUCCUGCGUGGAGUGCGGCAAAUGUUUUUUAGAAAGGUGGCUCCUAGUAAACCACGAGAGAGCUCUCAGGUCCGAGAAACCAUUCUCCUGUUCUGAAUGUGGAGAAUGUUUUUCCCGGAGAGGACACCUCAUCUCACACCUGAGGUCCCACACGGGGGAGAAGCCAUAUUUGUGUUCUGAAUGCGGCAAAUGUUUCAGUGGACGGCCCAAUCUGGUUGCUCAUCAAAGAAUACACACGGGAGACCGUCCAUUUUUAUGCACCGAGUGCGGCAAAUGUUUUUCUGAUAAAUCCAACCUAGCCGCCCAUCAGAGAAUCCACACCGGCAAUCGCACUUACUCCUGUUCCGAGUGCGGGAGGGGCUUCGCGCAAAGGUCAAAUCUGGUUAGACAUGAGAGAGUCCACACCGGUGUUCAACCAUUUUCCUGCUCUGAAUGUGGGAGAAACUUCUCAGAGAAAGCAAAGCUCACCAAGCAUCAGAAAACUCACAAAGCAGACAAGCCAUAUUCGUGCUCGGAGUGCGGGAAAGCUUUCAUUCAAAAAUGUCUUCUCCGGAGACACGAAGCAAGGCACGGCAACGAUAAGCCCUUUUCCUGUACCGAAUGCGGGAAAUGUUUUGUGCAGAAAUCAGAAUUUGUCCGGCACGAGAGGACGCAUACGGGCGAGAAGCCAUUUUCAUGUUCUGAAUGCGGGAAAAGUUUUUCCCGGAAGCAUACCCUCAUCACCCACGAGAAAGUUCACACGGGGGAGAAACCCUUUUCAUGUUCGGAUUGCGGGAAGAGCUUCAGCGAGAAAUCAAACCUCGUGCUCCACAAGCGGACUCACACGGACGAGAAACCGUUUUCCUGUUCCGAAUGUGGCAAAUGCUUCACCCAGAGGGGAAAUCUGAUUUCACACCAGCGAUCCCACACGGGAGAGAAGCCGUUUGCGUGCGACGAAUGCGGCAAAUUCUUUACUUGGAAGAAACAGCUGAUCACGCAUCAGAGGAGCCACACGGGGGAGAAGCCUUAUUCCUGCUCGGAAUGUAAAAAGUGUUUUACAGAAAAAUCGAACCUCGCCAUCCACCAGAGAAUUCAUCGGGCCGAGAAGCCGUUCUCAUGCACGGAAUGUGGAAGCCGCUUUAGCGACAGAACCAAACUCGCCAACCAUCAGAGGACUCACACGGGGGAAAAGCCGUUUUCUUGCGUCAAAUGCGGCAGGUGUUUCUCCCAGAAGACAUCGCUUAUUAGGCACGAGAAGGUCCACACGGGCGAGAAGCCGUAUUCUUGUUCGGAAUGCGAGAAGUGUUUUACCGACAGAUCGCACCUUGUCAUGCAUCACAGAGUCCAUACCGGCGACCGCCCCUAUUCGUGCUCCCAGUGUGGGAGGGCCUUCACGCAGAAAUCAGAUCUGGUCAGGCACGAGAAAGUCCACACCGGUGAUCGUCCGUAUGCCUGCUCUGAAUGUGGGAAGUGUUUUACCAACAGGACUUAUCUCGUCACACAUCACAGAGUCCAUACGGGGGAUCGGCCAUAUUCCUGCCAUGAGUGCGGGAGAGGCUUUAUGCAGAAAUCAGAUCUGGUUAGACAUGAAAGAAGUCACACAGGGGAUAAGCCAUUCUCAUGUUCCAUCUGUGGCAAAUGUUUUAUCCAGAAGUCGUGUCUCAUCCGCCAUCAGACAACCCACAAAGGGGAGAAGCCGUUCGCAUGUUACCAAUGUGGGAAAUGCUUUACUAGAAAGUCCGGUCUGGCGGGGCAUCAGAUGACUCAUACGGGAGAGAAGCCGUAUUCUUGCCCAGAGUGUGGGAAAGGUUUCUCUCAUAAAUCCCAGCUGCGAAUGCAUCAAAAAAUCCACACCGGCGAUUUGCAGUUUUCCUGUUCCGAAUGUGGAAAGCGUUUCGUGCAGAAGUCGCAGCUUGUCCGACAUCACUUAACACACACAGGGGAGAAGCCAUUUUCAUGCUCAGAAUGUGGAAAGUGCUUUCUGCUGAAACAGAGUCUUGCCAAACAUCACAUGACACACACCGGGGAAAAGCCAUAUGCGUGCCCUGAGUGCGGGAAGAGUUUCAUCUUGAAGCAAACUCUUGCCAAACAUUGUCUGACUCACACCGGGGUGAAGCCAUAUUCCUGCUCUGUAUGCGGGAAGCGGUUUACAGGGAGGAGUAAUCUUUCUAAUCAUCAGAGGCUUCACACAGCUGACAAGACUUUUUCCUGUGCUGAGUGUGGGAAAUGUUUCACUAGGAGGGACUGCCUUAUUUCACAUCAGAGGACUCACUCAGGGGAGAAGCCUUACUCAUGUUCACAAUGUGGCGAAUGUUAUUCCCAUAAAUCGUGUCUUAUGAGGCACGAGAAAGUUCACAGAGGGGAGAAGCCAUAUUCGUGUUCUGAAUGCGGGAAGAGUUUCACAGAGAAAGCCAGACUUGUCUCGCACCUGAGAGUACACACCGGGGAGCGCCCCUAUUCUUGCACCGUAUGCGGCAGAGGCUUUAAAGAACGAUCUGUCUUAAUUAGACAUAUGAGGGUCCACACGGGAGAUCAACAUAAGAAAUAUCACUGUCCUGAUUGUGGGAAAGGCUUCACGGAACGGUCAAACCUUUCCAAGCACAAAAAGACGCACACAGCGGAGAAGCCGUUUUCCUGUUCGGAGUGCGGGAAGGCCUUUAUCCAGAGAGCCCACCUCAUUACACACCAGAGCACCCACACAGGGGAAAAGCCCUAUUCCUGUUCUGAAUGUGGAAAAUGUUUUUCCCGGAAGUUCACUCUCAUUAGGCACGAACGAGUCCACACGGGUGACAAACCGUUCUCGUGCGAAGAGUGUGGGAAGUCGUUUAUCGAAAAAUCGCACCUCGCUUACCACGAGAAGUCUCACACAGCCGAGAAGCCAUUUUCCUGCCUCGUGUGUGGGAAAGGCUUCAUCCUAAGAGCCCACCUUAGGUCGCACGAAAGGACUCACACCGGCGAGAAACCAUGUACCUGCUCAGAGUGCGGGAAGGGCUUCAGGCAGAAGUCGGAACUGGCUAGGCACCGGAGGAUCCACACGGCCGAGAAGCCAUUCUCGUGCGCAGAGUGCGGCAAGUGUUACGCUUGGAGGGACUUGCUUAUCAAACACCAGAAGAGUCACACGGGGGAAAAGCCCUAUGCCUGCGCCGAGUGCGGGAAAUUCUUUGCGGAAAAGAAGCUCCUUUCCAUACACGAGAGGGUCCAUACAGGGAUCAAGCCGUAUCCUUGCUCUGAAUGCGGCGAACGUUUCACGCAGAGAGGCCACCUCCUCUCGCACCAGAAGACUCACACAGACGAAAAGCCUUUUUUCUGCUCGGAAUGCGGGAAAGGUUUUUCUCAGAAGCCCUAUCUCAUUGUGCACCAGAGGACGCACACGGAUGAGAAGCCGUACGUGUGUUCAGAGUGCGGGAGAGAUUUUUCCCGGAGGGGCAGCCUCAUCUCACACCAGAUGGCUCACACCGGGGAGAGGCCAUACUUGUGUUCUGAGUGCGGAAAACGCUUUUCAAAAAAGUCCUCGCUGAUGUCGCACCUCAGCUUUCACCGAGAACGACAGAUUCCGCCGCCUGGGAGUGAUACAGUGAUUGAGCAUGAGCAGCCAAUCACCAGGCCAGAACACUGUCACAUGGGGACGGUCAAUGAACCGGGACAGGGAGCUUAUAGACUCAUCACUAUUAUGGUUGAAGAGAGUGGGGUGACAACCCUGCUGCUCCAUAGAAACAGUGCAGUGAGCGUUGUCACCAUAGGACAGAAAGUGUCUUACUUGCAAGAAGAUUUGCUGUAUGGGCAGCUGUGUGAUUUGGGUGAAGGCCUGACAGUUGUUAAAGUUGAAGAUAAAGACUUGUUCUUUGAGGGAGAUGAGUCGUGUGAGGAGCAGGAGAUCUUUCCAGAGAUCAGCACAGACCCCGGAGACACCAGAGACACUCGGAGAGACGUCAAAGCUGAGAAGGAGGAAGAUGGACAUGUGAGGAUCAAAGAGGAGGAAGUUCCUGUAGAGAUCUGCACAGGUGGAACCGGUAACGGAAAUACACCAGAGAGAUGUCUCAGUCCUCCUCAUUCCCCGGAGAGAAAUCACAAGCUCAUGCUGGAUUACGUGGAUGAAGAUAUGAUGAAAGGUGGAGAGGAAAAAGAAGAACCGGAUGUGAACGGUGACGAGCCGUGUAGGGAGGAGGAAAUCUCCCCAGAGAUCAGCACAGAUGGACGGUACAGAAGAUACAGUAUGGAUCAAAGUUCUUAUACCUCUCCAGGUGAGACAGAAGAUGGCGCCGCCUCUGAUUCAUCAGAGGAGAACCCCAUCACUCCAGACCUUCAUCCAGCACUGCCCUCUGAUUCCACCACACACGGAGGUUACUCUCUGGUUCCGUCACCUCCUCUGUCCUACCAUACAGUUCUUAUUGGGGAUGAAAGCUUUCCAUGUUCGGAGUGCGGGAAAUCAUUCAACCAAAAAGCAGAGUUCAUUAAGCACUGCAAAGCUCACACGGUGGAGAAGCCCUAUUCCUGCUCCAAGUGUGGGAAGUGCUUCACCCAGAAAUCAGGCCUGGUCCGUCAUCAAAGGACCCACACGGGGGAGAAGCCGUUCUCGUGUUCCGAAUGCGGGAAGUGUUUUUCCUGGAAAUCCUCCCUCAUCAUACACGAGAAGGUUCACACGGGGGAGAAGCCUUAUUCGUGCUCGGAGUGUGGGAAAUGCUUCAGCGAAAGAUCCAACCUGCUCAACCACGAGAGGACCCACACUUCCGAGAAGCCGUUCUACUGCACUGAGUGCGGAGAGUGUUUCACCCGCAGGGAAACCCUGAUCUCGCACCAGCGUUCUCACUCGGGGGAGAAGCCGUAUUCCUGCUCUGAAUGUGGCAAACGCUUCUCCUGGAAGUACCAGUUCCUCAGGCACGAGAGGAGCCACCGUGGGGAGAAGCCGUAUUCCUGUUCGGAAUGCGGGAAAUGCUUUACGGAACGGUCCAACCUUUUCCUACAUCAGAAGAUUCACGCCAGCGAUCGGCCGUAUCCGUGUCCCGAAUGCGGGAGAGGUUUCACCAACAAGUCGGCUCUGGUUAGACAUCAGAAGUCCCACACAGGGGAGAAGCCGUACUCCUGCUUUCAGUGCGGUCAGUGUUUUAUCUACAAGUCGAGUCUGAUUCGGCACGAGAGGGUCCACACCGGCGAUAAUCCGUAUUCGUGUCCCGAGUGUGGCAAGGGCUUUAAGAACAAAUCAAACCUGGUCAGGCAUGAGAAGGCCCACACCGGCGACCGGCCAUACUCGUGCUCGGAAUGUGGAAGAGGUUUCAUCAAUAAAUCGGAUCUGGUGGUCCACGAGAGGGUCCACACGGGCGAUAAGCCGUAUCCGUGUUCCGAAUGCUGCGGCAAAUGUUUUACCCAAAACUCAAAUCUGUUACUGCACCAGAGAAUUCACUUCCGGACAAAACCUUACGAGUGCUCAGCCUGUGGGAAGUGCUUCGCCCAGAAGUCCCACCUCUUCACCCAUCUAAGGGUUCAUACAGGGGAGAAGCCCUAUCCCUGUUCGCUGUGCGGGAAGUGUUUCCGGGACAAAGCCAAUCUUCUUAGACACGGAAGGAUCCACAGGGAGGAUAAGCCCUAUUCAUGUCACGUGUGCGGGAGGUGCUUUAAAGAUAAGUCCAAUCUCUCGAAACACCACAGGACUCACACAGGGGAGAAGCCCUAUUCCUGCUUCGAGUGUGGGAAAUGUUUCACAAGGAACAGCCACCUUGUUGCCCAUCAGAGGAGUCACCUGAGAGCAAAGACUUCGGGUUCAGGAUGGGGCACUUCCAGAUCAUAG